GGAAGGGUUAGACGUAGGGGGGGAAAUGACGGAUUUUCAAGCUUUACAACAAAAACCAGAACCCGCGAAUGACGUCAGAGCUGAAUUGGAAAGGGGUUUGGAGGACUUGAUGAGAGGGCAUUUGGAUGAUUGCAUGUCAUUUGCAUCCUGCAGUUCUAAUGCAAAUCCUGAUGACGAGGAUGAUGAUGGUGGUGAUCAGCUUGUUAGGAGGAGGAGGAGGUCUGAUCUUGAAGGUGAUGAUUUAGCUGAAUCAUCUGCAGCUAGAAGGCGGCAUUCUAGGAUUUUGAGUAGAUGGGCUGCCAGGCAGGCUCAGGAAAUGAUAACAACCAUGGAGAGGAGGAACAGGGAGUCUGAACUGAUGGCUUUGGCUGGUUUACAUACUGUUUCGAUGCUCGACUCUUCAUUCUUGAGAGAGUCGCAGUCACCUGCUUCUAGGAGACAAGGGGGGAAUGAUGAGAGGCCUAGUACUCGGGCUUCUUCGAUUUUGCAAAUGUGGAGGGAGUUGGAGGAUGACCAUAUGUUGAAUAGGGCACGAGAGAGGGUGAGGGAAAGGUUGAGGAGGCAAAGCGAUGCUGAUAAUAAUACGACAGUGUCUAGUGCAACUUUUUCUGAGAGUCGUGGGAGUGAGAAUCAGGCGAGUGUUGGAGAUGCGAGUGAGAAUGAGAAUGGAACAUGGUCGCAUGAUCAGGGUGUGUCACAGAACGAUCGUGGGUAUAAUAAUGGGUCUAUCAGGGAGCACUCCCCUGAUCUCAGCGAAGUAGAGAGAGAAAGGGUGAGGCAGAUUGUUCAGGGAUGGAUGGGGAGUGGGAUUACUCAACAUUCGUCCAAUGUUACCCAAAGGACAAGCAAUCCUAGCGCUGAAUGGCUUGGCGAAACUGAGCGUGAGAGAGUUAGAAUUGUCCGGGAGUGGGUGCAAAUGACAACUCAGCAGCUAGGUGUUCGUGGGGGGCGGAGGGCAAAUCAGCCAGCCACAGUUAGUGUGCAAGCCGGUCCUGUUCGAGAAGGCUCAGUUGCUGAGCAUGAUGAAGGCAGACAAGAGCAUGUUCUGAGGGACUUGAGGAGGUUGCGUGGAAGACAAGCUGUAAUCGACUUGCUUGUGCGGAUUGAAAGAGAAAGACAGAGGGAACUUCAGGGUUUAUUGGAGCACCGUGCUGUUUCUGAUUUUGCUCAUCGCAACCGCAUUCAGACACUACUCAGAGGUAGAUUCUUACGAAAUGAAAGACCUGUUGAAUGGGAAAGAUCAUCUUCAUCCGCAGCAAGUGAAUUAAUUCAGUUAAGACAACGGAACACCGUAUCUGACUUGAGGGAAGGAGUCCAUAACAGAUUAGCAACAAUUGUCCGCAAUCAAGCUGACAUCAAUUCUGAAACCACAUCUAACAAUGUCAUCUCUGAUUCUGGAAAUGAACUUCCCCAAACAAACAUGUUGUCAGAUGUCCAAAGUGAAAACAAUGAGCACUUACAAUUUAGGAGUUUGGAAACUGGCAUCGCUGAGUUGCCUGAUCAAACAGGAGAUAUGGUUAGCAACAUGGCUUUUGAGAGCAUAAGUUGGCAAGAAAAUGCUAACCAAGGUGAGAAUUGGCAGGAAGCAGGUGCCAAUGAUGAGGGAGGAAACUUGCAACAACCAACAUAUGCUCAGUUCAAUCAAUGGAGAGAGGGCGAUGCUGAAGUAAUGGAUACAAAUUGGCAGGAACAUUCAGUUGGCGAGCAUCGCCAAGACAAUCCUGGAAAUGAGAAUGUAGAAGCGAGUCACCAAGAGGACGCCCGGAGGGAUUUGCGUGAGGAUCGCUCUCAAGAAGCUGUUGGUACUUGGUCAGAAGGGCCUUCUUAUCGUCCAAGAUCACGUCGUGCAGUUCCAUUUAGAAGGUUAAACAGAUUUUACCCACCUGAAGAUGAUAAUCUGUAUGGUAUGGAACUUCGAGAACUUCUGAGCAGGAGGAGUGUCUCUAAUCUUCUUCGAAGUGGUUUCCGUGAAAGUCUAGACCAGUUAAUUCAGUCUUAUGUGGAAAGACAGGGUCAUUCUCCCAUUGAUUGGGAUCUGCAUAGAAACUUGCCAACUCCAGCCUCCCCAGAGCAUGGUCAAGAGCAGCAGAUUGGUGAAACAAAUGACGAUCAGAACGAUGCUAUUAACAGACCUUCACUGUUACCUUCUCCUCCAGAGCCACCACCACAGCCGCUGAGGCAUCAUGAUUUACAUCACACUAGAUGGUCCAGGCACAACAUGCAUAGACCAGAAAUCCAGGAAUGGGAGAUGAUUAAUGAUCUAAGAGCUGAUAUGGAAAGACUCCAGCAGGGAAUGAGCAACAUGCAGAGGAUGUUGGAAGCCUGCAUGGAUAUGCAGCUGGAGUUACAGCGAUCUGUCAGGCAGGAAGUCUCUGCUGCUCUGAAUCGUUCAGCUGGUGAAAAAGUUUUGAGUGCAGAAACAUCAGAAGAUAGGUCUAAUUGGGGUCAUGUAAAGAAAGGGACUUGUUGCGUCUGUUGUGAUAGCCAUAUCGAUUCACUAUUGUACAGAUGUGGACACAUGUGCACUUGUACAAAAUGUGCGAACGAGCUGGUUCGUGGCGGAGGAAAAUGCCCAUUGUGUCGAGCACCUAUCGUGGAGGUAAUCCGUGCAUACUCAAUACUGUAAAGAGAUGAAAGAACAGAAUAAGAAUUCAACAGAAAGAGUGGUAUAUAGUUAAAAAGGCUCCAAGCUGCAGAGAGCCUGUGAUUUUGCUU